AACGACGAUCGGGAGACCAAGCAUUGUUGUUGUUGCUGAGAUGUCCAGUGUGUCGUGAGAUUGACUGUCGUCGUUGUUUCGAAAAGACGCGCCCACAUUAUUAUUCGCAUUUUUCACUACAAACCUUCACAAUGGCGGCCGUUUCGUAUCAUAUAUCAAAUCUCCUCGAAAAGAUGACAAGCAUUGACAAAGAUUACCGGUUCAUGGCUGCAAAUGACUUGAUGGCGGAGCUUCAAAAGGACUCGAUCAAGUUGGACGAUGAUAGUGAGAGGAAAGUGGUUAGAAUGAUUCUCAAGCUUCUUGAAGAUAAAAAUGGUGAAGUCCAAAAUUUGGCUGUUAAAUGCUUGGGUCCUCUUGUGAAGAAAGUGAAAGAUUCUCACAUCCUGAACAUUGUUGACUGUUUGUGCGACCACAUGUUGAGCGACCGUGAGCAGCUGAGAGACAUGAGUAGUCUUGCCCUCAAGACUGUCAUCAAUGAACUACCUACAAACGCCACCACCCUCGUCACCACCAUUUGCAAAAGGGUCACAGAUCGGCUCUCUGAGGCUAUACUUAAACAAGUUGAUGUGGGAGUUCAGCUUGAGGCUUUGGACAUCAUGUGUGACCUGCUAUCACGUUUCGGUUCCUUACUGCUGCCAUACCACCCGACCAUUGUGGGGGCUGUCCUCCCCCAGCUCACUUCCCCUCGACUGGCGGUUCGAAAGCGCAGUAUCGUGGCUUUAUCUCUGCUUGUCGUCUCUUGUUCGCAAAACACAUUCACCAUUCUGAUGGACCUUGUGCACACCCAACUUGCAGACAAUGUUGACUCCAUUUCCAAGUGCUCCCCACAGCAAGCAUCUGUUUUGCGCACAUACAUCCAGUGUUUGGCAGCCAUUGCGCGCCAGGCAGGGCACCGUUUUGGAGACGAACUCGUGGUGGUGAUGCCCGAGUUGAUAGUGUAUGUUGCUGCUGAAGACGACGAGCUACGCGAGCACUGCAUCUGUGCCUUCGAGAGUUUUGUGCUGCGCUGCCCUCAAGAUAUAACCCCACAUAUUCCUCAGAUUCUCGAGAUUUGUUUAAAGCUUCUAACGCACGACCCCAACUAUAAUUAUGACGACUACAGCGAAGAAGGCAAUGGAACCAUGGACCUGGACGAGGACGAAGAUGAAGAAGAAGAUGACGAGUAUUCAGAUGACGAUGACAUGAGCUGGAAGGUGCGACGUGCUUCAGCUAAGUGCAUCGAGGCGAUCGUGUCUACGCGUCACGAGAUGCUCCUGCAGUUCUUCACGACGGUCUCGCCUCAGCUUAUUGCCAGGUUCAAAGAGCGCGAGGAGAACGUGAAGGUGGAUAUCUUCAACGCGUACACGGCGUUACUGCGUCAGAGCCGCCCCUCUCAUGGCCGCCCCUGCCUCAAGGGUGCCUCGGCUGCAAUCGCUGCCGCCCCUGCCGCUGCUGCUGCUGCUGUGUUGGCUCCCUCGCCCGACACUGCCAUGGAGCAGGAGGAAGAAACCGUGGCUCUGCUUAAAAAACAGGUGCCUCUCUUGGUGCGGGCGCUUCACCGGCAGCUGCGUGAGAAGAGCAGCAAGACUCGCCAGGGCUGCUUUGCUCUGUUGAGCGAACUCAUCUUGGCCCUGCCUGCUGCCCUGACCAACCACAUCCCCGUCCUGCUGCCUGGCCUUCACUUCAGCCUCAGUGACAAAUCCAGCAGCAGCAACAUGAAGAUCACGGCUCUGUCGUUUGUUCACACGCUGCUACAGCAGCAUCCGGGCGCUGUGUUCCAGCCUCACAUCGCAGAGCUGCUUCCUCCUAUUAUUGCCUGCGCCGCUACUGAGCCCUUCUAUAAGAUAACUGCUGAGGCCUUGCUGGUGCUGCAGUGCGUCGUCAGGGUCGUCAGGCCCAUAGGGGAGCCAUCAUCGUUUGACUUCACACCCUACACGUUACAACUGUACCAAUGCGCUCUGGCCAGGCUCAAAGCUGCGGAUCUUGACCAAGAAGUAAAGGAACGAGCUAUUGCUUGCAUGGGUCAAAUAAUCUCGCAUCUUGGCGACCAUCUUCAGGACGAGCUGGCGACGUGUCUUCCUAUAUUUCUGGAGCGUCUCAAGAACGAGAUCACUCGUCUGACGACCGUCAAAGCCCUGACGACGAUCGCAUCGUCGCCGCUGCGCAUCGACCUUCGUCCUAUCCUCGCGGAAGCGCUGCCGGUUCUUGCUGGGUUCCUCAGGAAGAACCAACGCGCAUUAAGACUCUCGACCCUUGUUCUGCUGGACACUCUCCUGCAGAACUACAGUCACGCUAUCACCACGCAGAUGCUCGCCGAGGUGGUGCUUGAGUUACCAAGUUUGAUCAGCGAGAGUGACCUACACGUAACACAACUGACGCUGUCGCUGCUCUGCACUGUCACGCGCCAUAACACCGCCUGCCUGGCCCCCCUCUCCCCCCACCUGCUCCCCCCUCUCCUACAUCUCGUGCGAUCACCUCUGCUACAAGGCACAUGUCUGCGGUCCCUGCAAGACUUGUUUGAAUGCCUCGUCCGAGCGCGCAUUCCAGGCUUGUCUUACCAGGAGCUACUGGGACACCUGCUGUCUCCCUUGCAUGCUGUCCAGCACACCCAACAGCAGGUCAUACACAAGCAGUCUUACCAGUGCAUGGCUGCGUGUGUAGCGUCUCUGGCUUUGACUGAACGAUCAGAAGCCAUUAAUGUCGUACAGAAAUUCUUGUCUGAUGUUACGUCACCUCACACCAGCCCCACGCUACAGGCUUUCUCCCUCCUAGCUAUUGGAGAAAUCGGCAAACAUGUGGACUUGAGUGGACUGCCAGACGUGUUGCCUGCAGUCUUGUCGUCACUAUCAUCAAAUUGUGAGGAAGUUAAAUCUGCUGCUGCAUAUUCCUUGGGUCAUCUCAGCUGCGGCAACUUGACGACUUUCCUUCCCUUCGUGCUUCAUGAAAUACAAAAUAAUCCUAAGAGACAGUAUUUGCUGCUGCACUCGCUCAAAGAGACAAUCAGCCUUCAGUCGCAGUCUGUGGAGGGUGUGAAAGUCCUGCAAGGUUUCGUGUCUCACAUUUGGGCGCAGCUUUUCAGACACACUGAAUGCCAGGAAGAAGGCACGCGUAACGUAGUGGCCGAGUGCCUGGGCAAGCUGACGCUGAUCAAGCCUAAGGAGCUGCUGCCGAUGCUGCAGCAGAGCUUGCACAGCGACAGCGCCAUGAUGCGCACCACUGCUGUCACUGCCGUCAAGUUCACCAUAUCAGAUCAGCCUUCGAGCAUGGACGCCCAUUUACGUCCCUGCAUCGGCGAGUUCCUAUCGCGCAUCGAAGACCCUGACCUGAACGUGCGACGUGUUGCUCUGGUGGCUCUCAACAGCGCCGCUCAUAACAAACCUUCCCUCGUGCGCGACCUCUUGCCCCAGACAUUGCCUCAGCUCUACGACCAGACUAAGAUCAAGAAAGAGCUAAUCCACGAGGUAGAGAUGGGCCCCUUCAAGCACCCUGUGGACGACGGUCUGGACAUCCGCAAAGCAGCGUUCGAGUGCAUGUACACGCUUCUGGAGACUUGCUUGGACAGACUUGAUAUUUACGUGUUCUUGGAGCAUGUGGAGAGCGGCCUGCGUGAUCACUAUGACAUCAAGAUGCUUACGUAUCUCAUGCUCACCAGACUUGCACAUCUCUGUCCACAGGCUGUGCUCCAAAAGAUUGAGAAGGUAGUGGAACCUCUGCGUAGCACUGUAACCUCUAAAGUGAAGGCUCAUUCGGUCAAACAAGAGUACGAGAAGCAGGACGAACUCAAGCGGUCAGCUAUGCGUGCCGUGGCCGCUCUGCUCACCAUCCCAGACGCUGAUAAGAACAUGCAACUUGCUGAAUUUGUGGCUCAUUUCAAGGCCACGCCUGAAUUAGAGGCUUUGUAUGACAGCAUUCAGAAGGACAGCAGUGGUGGUUCUGUGGGUCAUGAUGCUCUCAUGGACCUGAGUUAAAAAGCGUUAUGCGAGUAAAUAUAUGAGGAAUUGAUUAUGAGAAUAGAACAAUUAUGGAAACCCAUUGUAAUAUCUUGCUUUUAUUUUCGUUUGAAUUAGUGAAAGUGAAGAGCAAAUUCCUAUAUAAGUUCAGAGAUUCAAUUUAGGAACUUUUCUGUACCAUCUUUAUUGUGACCCGGGCAUUUGGGCUUGCGAAGAAGAAAGGGAUUUUUUUUUUUUUUUGUGAUUUAGACCGCCAUGGUUCAGAGCUUGCGGCGUAUUGGUCACCUUUAGUGUUCGUUGCCCGAAAAAUAAGUUUGAUAGGUAAAUUAUUAUACGUUUGGUAUUGAGGUCUUGAACUUGGUAGACCUUUGCUCUUGUAAAUGUAAUUUUGAUCUACCUUAGAUUAACGUCUAGUUCACAGUAAAACCUGUGGAGCGAUGAUUGUGAUCUUACAGAUCCUGGGUUUCAGCAUUCUAAGGACGAUUUUUUUGGCUUCACUAAUGAAUGGUUGUCGAGUUAUUUGGGAACUGAAGUAAUUGACCUUGGAGAAAAGAAAGCUCUUCCAGAUACCAUUUGGUCGACAGAUUGACACACUAGGCAUUGAAUUAUUUCCUGCAGUAUAAUUUUUGACUGAUGGUUUCUUAGUUCUGGAAAGCAGAAGAAUGUUUUAGUGGCCAUUACUUCGUUAAUGUAGUGUUAGUCACUGUAUUUGACUGCACCAUUCGAUGUAUUCACUGUUGGAAAUGGACUACUACAUUAUUGGUUUCACUUCUGAUUCAUUGUUCAUCAGGUUGUAGGAAUUAUAAUUACAUUGAAAUCCCACGAAACUCAGUUCAAGGAAAACCUGUAUACUUCAUGUUGAAAGUUUCCUAUUUGAGGUGAAUGCAUGUCUUGCAGUUGUAUGUACUCGGUUAUCAUCUCCACUUUUGAAAUUAAAAUUGGAAUGUUGACGGUCUUCUUCUCAUUCCAGGCUAACGCCGUUAUGAGAGUGAUCCGUUCCCAAUUUAAACUUCGUUUAUUAACCCUGCAAAUUCUUGAAAAUAUAAAUGUUCAUUAAAGUGCUUUAUCUUAGUCGUUGCUGGUCGCAAUUGCAUUCGGAAUCGUUUUGAUUGAAUUUUAUUGCUAAAAUUCCCAGUUUUUGCCUUGUAGGCGAAGUAUUGGAAGGGUCAACUUCCUACGCCGUCGAUGUUUGCAAAUAACGGCAACUGUGAAAUCUUUUCGACUACUCUCAAUAUUUUUGAACAAAUGUUUGUGAUCUAAUAAUGAGAAAUUUCAUUCUAAAUUCUUCAUAAUUCCCUCCAAGUAUCACGAACAUGUAUAGAAUAUCAGCAUGCGUCAGUUUCAUACCCUAA